AUGACUUCAGAAUCAUUAAUAAUGAUUGGAGGUCUCAUAUCAUCAAGUCAGUGCCCACGCGGCGGGUUUGCGUUAUCACAGUCGUUGGUGGAGAGGCUCGGACGUGAUCAUGAACAGCCUCCCGUGCUACCACCCUUGCAUCAUCCUAUCAGAGAUAAUGCAGUAUGCGUGCGCAGUACAUACUCACCGUUGCAAGCGUUGAGUGAGAGUACUUGCCGAGAUCCCGGUGUACAGUCCGCACCUCCACCUCAGCCGCCACCUCGAGUGCAGGCAUCGAACCAAAACGUGACUCUCCACCCAGCGGUAUCUCGAUGUACCGCGACCCUGGAGCUCGCGGCGCUAUGGCGCAGUUUCCACGAGUUGGGGACAGAAAUGAUCGUGACGAAGGCAGGACGAAGAAUGUUCCCCGCACUGCAGGCCCGCCUUGGUGGGCUGCUGCCCAACGCUGAUUAUUUACUUCUAGUGGAUUUUGUGCCGCUCGACGAUAAGAGAUACCGAUAUGCUUUUCACAGUUCGAGUUGGGUGGUAGCAGGAAAAGCGGACCCAGUCUCCCCGCCCCGCAUCCACGUUCAUCCUGACUCACCAGCGCCAGGCUCGAACUGGAUGCGGCAGCUCGUCUCCUUCGACAAACUGAAACUCACGAAUAACCAACUUGACGAUAAUGGACAUAUAAUUUUGAACUCGAUGCACCGCUAUCAGCCGCGGCUACACGUGGUGUACCUGCCCGGCGAGGGGCAGAGCACAGCACCAGGCACGGUGCCCUUCCGCACCUUCGUGUUCCCUGAAACUGGAUUCACAGCUGUCACUGCAUACCAGAACCACAGGAUAACACAGCUGAAAAUAGCGAGCAACCCCUUUGCGAAAGGAUUUAGAGAUUGCGACUCCGAUGAUUGCCCUCCCGAACAAACGGGCCAGCGCGGUGCCGCGGGGGCUCGGCGGCGAGAAUCUGCUCCUGCUGAGGUGUGUACUCAACUAUCUCAGCCGUAUGCUGCCGAGCCCAGCGCUUGUGGCCCACUAUACUCACCGCACGCGCAUCCUGUCCGAUAUCAACCACAUUCGGGUCAUAAUAGCGCUUACAGUGCUUAUUACGCUCAUAGAUAG